ACCCCAAGCCGUCGCCUCCGCCGAGCACCGCCUCUACUUCCGCGGCUGGCUCGGCGCCCCGCGCCAUUGGGAGGUCUGGGUCGCCAAGCUCCGCCCGCUCCACGCCCCGCUCUGGCGCCGCCUCGGCAUCCACGACGCCGUCCUCGCCUCCACCUACAGGAUCAAGCCCGACGCCUCCCACGUCCUCCACCUCGCCUCCUUCUGGUCCCCCGCCACAUCCACCUUCGCCUUCCCCUGGGGCGAGGCCACCCUCACCCUCCACGACGUCGCCGUCAUCGCCGGAUUGCCCGCCACCGGCUCCCCCGUCCCCGCGCCGCUACAGCCCGAAUGGCGCCCCGACGAGGCCGCGCUCAACGGGGUGCGCCUCGGCUUCAACCGCAGCGCCUGCAAGAAGGCGCACCUCUCCGCCUGGAUCAAGCACUUCCUCACCGAUCACAACGACACCGUCCUCGAGCACGCCGCCUUCCUCGCGCUCUGGCUCACGCGCUUCGUGCUCCCGGGCCACCCGGAGUCCACCAUGCGCCAGGCUGUCUUCCCCAUCGCCGUCCGCCUCGCGCGCGGCGAGCGCGUCGCGCUCGCGCCCGCCGUGCUCGCCUCCCUCUACAGGGACCUGCGCGACAUCAAGUCAUUCCUCGUCGCCGCAGGUGCCGCCUCCACCACUGGCAAUGCUGAUAUGCUAUCUUCCUUAUCCCUCUAUUCGCCCCUCUACCUUCUUCAUCUCUGGAUAUGGGAGCGCUUCCCUGCGCUCAGGCCUGGAAGGGAGAACCUGCUGGGGGAUGGUGAGCCCAUGGCCGCUCGCUGGCAUGAUCUGAGCAGAAAGGCCAACCCGACACUCAUACGCGAGGUCCUCAAUUCAAGGGACAACUUUCUAUGGCAGCUUCCUUAUGCCACUGCUCUCAAGAAGUACAGUGGCUGGGUUUGCAGCAGCGAUCUCACUGGAAAUGAUCAACUGAGAUUGCUGGCACACUGCUUGCGGCCUUGUGAGCUUGUGGGGAUGGAUUGCAUUGAGCAGUACCUCCCACACCGCGUUGCAAGGCAGUUUGGACUGGACCAAGAUGUGCCUAUGGAUGUUCGCCGUGCCAAUCAGGAUUGGGCGGUUGCUUGGCAGACCUAUGAACUGGAGGGGAAGAAUGUGAGUUUAUUCAUCCCUCAGUCUGAACCUGGGAUCACGGCACGGUAUGCGCAGUGGUGGAAGCAGCAAGUACAACCUUCUGAUCUUCGUGCAGGGGCACCAAGCAUUCCACUGGAGUCAAAGACUUCCAAACGCAGGGUGAAAAAGACGCCAGCUGCAAUGGAAGCUGAGGCAGAGAAGGAGCGCAGGAUGAAGAAGGCCCGUGUCUCACCUAGUGACAAAAAACGCAAGCUUGAAGAGUUGUAUGAUCCAAAGUUCUCAGGUUGGCUUGCAGCUGGACGAAGUGGGAUAAGUGAUGCUGCUGGCAGCAGCUACAAAAAGGGAUCCUUGCCAAAAUAUGACAUGGGAUCAGAUGAGGCGUUGCUGCCUAAUGUUGGAGCUACCAAUGAUGAUGUUGUGCUACUUCUGCCAAGGCUACAAACAGCAAGUCCUGCUGUAGUUGUGCCCAAGAAGGAUGAUAUCAUGAAUCCGGUUAUAGGUGAUGGAGGAAACUCCAUAGUAGAUAUUUCCCCAGAAAUCUCCACUAAUGAACUUGAAGGAGGUGCUACUGCAAUGCAGAAGGAGGAAACACUUAAUAAUCCUGUAGUCAGGUCUCUUGAUAUCACAGAUAAGCCAGAAGGAGACACUGCGGUAAUGAAGUCAGAGGAGGAAGCUAUGGAAAUUUCUGUAGCUAGGUCUCUUGAUAUCAAAGAUAGGCCAGAAGAAGGAACCACUUUGGUAAUGGAGUUGGAGAAGGAAGCUAUGGAAACACAUAAUAUUCCUGAAGACAAUACUAUGAAAGUUCCUCAAUUAGGAUAUGAAAAGUUAAGAGAUACAGCACCAGCACCGAUAGAGGAAGAUACCAAGGAAAAGCCCUGUGCAGAUGACAAGGAUCUAGCAGAGAAAGAUGUAGAUGAGUCCAUGGAGGUUUACAAAGUAAAACAAGCCGAAGGGGAGGGAUGCGACCUGUUGAUGGAGAAAUACGGUGAUAAUGUUGCUGAUGCUCUUGGAGAGGGAUGUGAUUUAUUAAUUGAGAAAGAUGGUGCUAAUAUUACUGAUGCUCUUGGAGUAGAACAGGCGGCAGAAGGACAAGCCACGUCAUUGACAAAGAAAAGUAUACAUGACCAUGUUGAGGAAAUUACUCUAGUUGAGGAGCUGGAUGAACAAAGCGAGAGGGCUACAAGGAUAAGAGCGGAGGACAUCCCUGAAGAAAUCACUCAGGCACAUGAAAAGGAAUCUGAUAAUAAUGAUAUGAUGAAAGAUUCAAAGAACUCAACCGACAGUGAGAUGCUUUGUAGUUCAGCUACUGUACAGUUUAAAGGAGGCAUGAUGGAGAAGCAAUGCAUUCAGAAUGUUGAGCCGAAUAAUCAGAGGGAACUGUCAUCUGAAUCUGAUGCAGCUGCUAUGAAGGUUGAAGGAAUUUAUGACCACAGAACCAUGGAUAUGGAGGAACUGGCUCUGACACAGAAACAUGACCACAAAAUCAUAGGCGAGAACAAGGCAACAGCAAUAUUGGAAAGAAGCCAUAUGCUGGAUAGUGGAGUGAAAUCUGAUUUGAUCACUUUGGAGGUUGAUGAAAUUCACACUGCAGGAGGAAUGCAAAACCAGGAAAUUUUGGACUUGGACAAGCACAAAAUGGUUCCAAAACAGAAACAGGACCGCAUAAUCAUAUGGGAGAACAAGGAGACAAUGGUUUUGGAAGGCAGCCAUAUGCUAGAUAGCAGAGUGAAAUCGGAUUCGGUCACUUUGGAGACUGAUGAAACUCAUGCUGGAGGAGGAAUUCGACACCAGGAAAUUUUGGGCUUGGAUAAGGAAAUGGCUCUGAAACAAAAACAGGACCACAUAAUCGCAUGUGAGAACAAGGAGACAACAGAACUGCGAGGCAUCCAUAUGCUAGAUAGCAGAAUGAAGUCCGAUUUGGCCACUUUGGAGGUUGACAAAACUCCUCCUGCAGAAGGAAAUGAAAACCAGGAUAUUUUGGAUGUCAACAAGCAACAAGGAACGAGUGGAACACAGGAUCUUGGAACUGCAAUUGGGAACAACAAAAUGAAUAUGUCGGAGGAUGAAGAUAUUCCUGUUUGCAGUGGAUAUCAAAUUGGACCGACAAUUGAGAGUAAUAAAAUGAAUAUGUCAGAAGAUGCAGGUAUUCCUGAUUGCGGUGAAUAUCAAAUUGAUCCAACUGGUAUAGAGGUUAAUGAGGUCGAGUCUACCAAAAGACUACCGAACCAAGAACUUUUGGACAAUAGAGAACAACUAGCAAUGGAGGAAGGACAACAUUUAGAAACUACAAUUGAAAACAACAAAAUGAAUUUGCCAAAUGAAGCAGAUGCUCUUGUUUGUGGUGAACACCAAAUCGAUUCAACUGGUACAGAAGUUCCUGAGGUCAAAUCUUCCAGUGUUAUACAGAACCAAGAACUUUUGGACAAUAAAGAGGACCAGGUAACGGAGAAAAGAAUGGAGUGUCACACCGCAUAUGAAAGUGGAAUACCCUUAGAAGAAGCCUAUAAAUUUGGUGAUGGAGUGGAUACCUGUGUGGUUGCUGUGAAUGACCAGAUAACGGAGAAAAGAAUGGAGUGUGAAAUUGCAUAUGAAAGUAGAAUAUCCUUGGAAGAAGCCUAUACACUUGGUGGAGCGGAUACCUGUGGGGUUGCUGUGAAUGUUAGUGAUUCAACGCAGAACAAAGAAACUUGCACCACUGAGGAGGCAAUGGAGGACAAGCAACACCAUGAAGUUGAACAUGUGAAUGAGGAGAGGAUUUUGGAAGACACAACUAUGAUAGAUAGUAGUGAAUUGAAAUCUGAUGUAACUCAUGUGGAGGUUGACAUGGCUGGGUCAAAGGAGGGAACACUGAACCAGCAUGCAACUGAUGUGGAGGUUGGCAUGGCUGGGUCAAAGGAGGGAACACUGAACCAGUAUGCUUUAAGUGUGGAAACGGAAGCGGCAGUGCAAGAGAAGCAGGAUCAUGAAAUGGCCGGUGAAGACAACAGAGAUGUGGCUGAUGUGAAUGCACUUGAAUGUAGGGUGAAACCUGAUGGAGUUGUUAAAUUGUCUCAUGAGACUCUUCUUACAACACAAUCUGUUUCUUCCGAGGACAAGGAGAAUGCACCUUCCUUUGAGGAACAUAAUAUAACAGAAGUUGCAGGCUUUGAAUCAAAUCAAACUACAGGGAUGGAACCUGAAGGAGCUCUUCCACUAGAGCCUAAAAACAUGGUAGAAGUGAAACAAGAAAAUUUGGAGAGUGAAACCGAAAGAUCCAUUUUUAGGGAGAAUGAUGAAGUGACUUGCAAAGAUCAGACCUCAGCAUGCGUUGUGAUUUCUCCUUCAAAUGUCGAUGACCAGUGUGACGAUGAUAAUGGAUGGGCUGAAGAACCGACAAAAAGCAAUGACAAGUUAGCUUCUGAUUCAAUAAACACAUCUUGCCGUGACCCUGUCAAAUUUGGCAAGUCAAGUAAUGAAGAGGUUAAGAAAGCACAGAAUAUCAGAUCUAUGUAUCUAAAAGAUAUUAAAGAAUCUCUGGGAAGAAUUCGUGCUGAACCAUUAAACAGAGUACAGGCCACCAAUUUUUGUUAUCCCUCAAGGCAUGCAGUUCAGGAAUCACAUUCAGCUUGCAAGGAGAUCAAAGUGCCUUUGCGUGACAGUGGAAGGGAUUUCGGAAGAGAUCGUGCACUAGAGUUGGUUGCUACAAGUCCAGCAGAAGAGAGUUCUCGAUGGAGACAAGAACAGUAUGCACUUCAAAUUUUAGAAGAUGUGCAAAACGCUCGAAUUGCUGAGAAAACUAGGAUGGAGAUGGAGAUCAGAAUACUGAAAGCACAAAUUGCUAGCAUGGAGAGACAGGUGAUGAACUUGGAUCACUUCUCUGAGGUGAAGUCCAGAUCAAAAAGGCACUAGCUAUUUGCAGUUCCAACACAUGCAAGUGCUUGUUUUGCAUAGAGUAUCCAUGUAAAAUUGUACAGCUUUAGUUUUGUAAAACAAGCACCAAAGCACGCAAGUUUUCUCUCCCAUCAUGUACCUAUUUAAGGUCAGAUUGCAUUUUCGAAUAACCCCUGAUCCAUGUAUGAUGCCUGCAUUUUAACGUGCCCAAUUUAAUUUAGUGAUGAGCUAUAUUAUCAGUGAA